GAGAGGGGAUGGGGUCACACGGGGCACUGAAGAGGUAGGAGAGCAAGGAGCAAGUCCCCGGGUCCCCCCACAGGCCAUGAGUGUUCCCGCUCUGUUCUUAAGGUUUCUGAGGGUGCCCUGCUCCGGGCUGCUCAGUUCUGUGAUCCACCCAAGCAGGCUACAAAGCUGACUUCCGCACCUGCUGAGCCCUGGUUAGAAAGGUCAGGACUUUCUGACGUUAUUACUCCCGGUUUUCUGUUUGUUUGCUUUUCCUUCUCUUGUUGAUUUUCAUUAAGUCUUCCCUAAUUAAAAUGUCCUCUACUAGGCAUCAGGAUGCUUGCUGACACCCCUGCUCCUCUCUUGCCUUUGUGACCACAGUGGCAAUCUAACUGAAAUAUUCAUUAACAGACUGUACCGUUAGCGUUAUAUAAUGUAUGCUACCCUGAUCGGGUCAGCAAUACUUUGCCAAGAUUUGCUAGUGUGGAGGUGUAUAAAUGGCUCCGUGGUGGAGAACAUAUUCUGCUGUUCAGUCCCCAGUGGUUCACAGCUGUCUGAAACCUCAACUCUGAGAGAAUAAACGCCCUCUUCUGGCCUAUGCAGGAACUGCACAAACAAUUUUUUAAAGGGGGGCGGGGUUUGAGAUCAAACGUCAAAUUUCCAGGCCCGACUGCCCCAUGAAUCUGAGGACUCAGUGGUAUGUAAAAAGAGUGGCUAGUCUGUCUGCGGAAGCUGUGGGCCAUUCUUUAGAAAUUGGGAGGCCUAUGUUAAUUAUUAUGGGAGUCAAAGCCACAAAGUUUCAGUUCGCCUGCCUUCAGUUCUCCUUUUUCUGGGAAGCUGUAGUUUCUACUCCUGAGAUGAGGAAGAAACAAAAAAAACCCAACUGCAAGGGAGAAAAUCGGGACAUGAGAAAGCAUCUUGGCCAGCUGCAGGAGCCCCCCAGCCCCAGUUUCGGCAGAGGAAGCAGAGAGGCAAGUUAGGAAGUAGCUCAGAGCGAGAAGAAAGCAGAUAAGAAGAGAAAAAAAACCACAUAGAGAACUUGAACAAGAAGGUGGUUGCCAGGGUCCUGUGACUCAUAGCUGGAUUCCGACACAGCAGCGACCUAGAGUUUUCUGGAGACGGCACCCAGCGAGGCAGGAGCAUGUGGCUGUCCAUAGGUCUGUUCCUUCUCUGCUUCCAAGGUUGUUUAUCUCUGACGGGCCCUGGCUCUGUGUCUGGCUAUGUAGGAGGCUCUCUCCGUGUGCAGUGUCAAUAUGCACAAUCAUAUAAGGGCUACACGAAAUACUGGUGCCGAGGACCGCAUGACAAAGGGUGUAAAAGUAUUGUAGAAACCGAUGGAAGUGAGAGAGAAAAGAAGAAUGGCCGAGUGUCCAUCAGAGACCAUGCUGGGAACUCCACCAUCACAGUGACCAUGGAGAACCUCAGUGAAGACGAUGCUGGCUCUUACUGGUGCAAGAUUCAGACGGUUUUUAUCUGGGAUUUUUUGUCACGUGACCCAUCGGUCCGUGUAAAGGUACAUGUUUUCCCAGCCACAACUCCCAUGGAGACCACACUCCCAGCCAUAACUCCUUUCCUCCCACUAGUGGAUCCUGGACAGAACCUGAGGAUUCGUUCUAGCACAAUGCUCAUCUUCCAACUAUGGUCUCUGCUCAGCAGCGUCCACUUCCAGGUCCUGGUCUUCCUGAAACUGCCUCUGUUUCUGAGCAUGCUCUGUGCUAUCUUCUGGGUGAGCAGGAAGAUUCCUGAGGGAAUGUAGAGUGACCUUCCCAAGAGCUAUGAAGUGAAGAACCCCAGGAAUGCCCUGGGAGGGACUCAGCCCUGCAGGCUGAAUGAGAGACACAUUGGAUUCUGAUGACUCUGCUUGGAGGCAGCCGUACCUGGAUUCUGGACUUCUUCAUUGUUCUCUGUCUCAAAGUGGGGCAGGGGUGGCCCGCUGACUAUCAGGGAGUCUUGGAUACCAGACUUCUGUGGUGUCCUCAGCAUAAACGAGGGAACAAGGCUGGGAGUAAUGGCACAUGCUGUUAAUCCCAGCACUAGAGAGGCAGAGGCAGCUGAAUCUCUAUGAGUUCAAAGCCAAUCUGGUCUAUAUAGUGAGUUCCUGGACAGCUAGGGCUAAAUAAUAGACUCCAUUUUGUUCUCAAAAAGAGGGAACAAGACUCUCUUGGGCCCUAUGUUAGAGGUCUGCCUUUCCCUUCUCCAGAUUUCCUGGAUUCUGCUCUCAUGUCAGCUCUGAAGGGUAAGAAUCUUCUAGAAGUUUCUUGAACAGAAAUCUAGCCUCUUCAUCUUCUUGGUGCCAUAAAAGCAUCCCAGGCCAUUGUCUCUGAAGGCAACAAUCACCUCCUUACUACAGAGAAGAAGUUCCUGAGGAACAUGUCCCCCACAGACUUGACUCACAGACAAUGCCCCCUCUUCUAGAACAAUCCUAAAGGAUUUGGCUGCUAGCAGAGCAUUUCCACUGCCAACUCUCCCAAGCACACAGCAUUCUUUGACCUCGCCUGAUCCUUUUAGCUCAGUAUGAUCUCUAAGCCUCCUUAUGUCUCCACGACCAGAAAGCAUGUGUCAGAAUUCAGCACAUACCUGCCAAUCAGCUCAGAAGCAAAGUUCUGUGGUUACACAGAGCGACAGUGGAGAAGCUGGCAGUGGGCGUCCUUGCAUUUCCUAACCUGGGAGGCGGGGGUCUUCUGUGCAGAGUUUUAACUGAGGGUCCAUCUAUUCUCACUUGAGAAAAUGUCUGAGAUCACCUUGGGGAAAAGACAGGUAUUCAAAGGCAGGUAGUGUGCUAGUCGUGAGGAAAUGUCAGAUCUGGGCAUCCACUGGGCAAUCUCAGCUCUGCAAAAGGCGAUUUAUUCAUUGCUGCUCUUCACAGGGAGGACUCAGAGGGUUAGCCUCAAAUUCCACCAUUUUCACUUACUCCAGGUAUCCAGGUUAGACCUCCUUCUCCACCCUCAGGCUCAAGUCUGCCAUGAGCUAUUGAUGUCCAGUUCCUGAGAGAGGACAUAUUUAUAGGAGCAUAGUAACCAGAUGUAAAGACUCAGGGAAUACCUAUCACAAUGAUAGCUGCCCAUGGAAGCCCUAUCCACUGACAGAACACACCGUGGAUGUAGUUUCUUAGGGUGAGGCAUGUCUGUCAGUCCAGCAUCGUGAAGUUUUUCUUCUAGCAGUUCAGAAGGAGCGUGUGGAUUUGUCAUCAACUCUUGCUUGCAUUUCCCCUCUGAACACUGGAUGGAUUGGAGCACGCCACGAUCCUGGAUGUAAGCUAGGACUUUUUACCUAGCCAGUGGCACAUCAUGUUCAACAAAGAGUCAGGAAGGGGAGGGUCUAAGUCUGAGAGAAGUAAUGGGGUGUUGCUGACAGUUGUAGGAAAGUGUGAGGAGCUAUCCGAGGAGCUGUCCUCACAGAUGUGAGGAGCUGUCCGAGGAGCUGUCCUCACAUAUGUGAGGAGCUGUCCUCACAUACUCCAUUACAAGAUGGCACUGGCAUCCGGCAGAACGCACCUAGUAAAAAGGGCAAUACUCAGGUGCCUGGUAACUUCCCUACUCAAAGGGACACGUACGUUUUGGUACGUCAUCUGGCAUAAUUGGCAGCGACCAGUCAGAGAGUGACACGUCCUAGGCGAGGAUAGUUUCCUAUAUAAGGGACGGUUAUUCCUCACUCGGCGUCUCUGCAUUGUAAGCUUAUGCUCUCCCUCUCAAGACGCAUUAAAGCUUUUCUGCAGUAGGAUCCUGUGUGUGCCGUGUCGUUCCUGCUGGCGAGACGUAGCGCGGGACAUCUGGUGCCAAAAACCCGGGAAAGACCUCGCCAUCGUCAGCACCUUCGGAGAUCCCUUGGCGACAAGGAGGAUUCAGAACUGCAGGACAAUGAAAAUCCCAUAUGGAUCCCAGGACGACUUACUCGGAGCAUCACAGCAAGUGAUCAAGAAGGGACUGGGACUCCUGCACCUCCUCACUCUUCUUCCAUGGAUGCCAGCAACGGUGCAGGGCGAGCUACGAUGGGGAAUAAUGUCAACCUUUCCACUCCCGAUGCCGGUGAUGUACCACUAACAGGGAUUUAGGGUUGGCCUAUUUACCUAAGGAUCCACAGGUUGAACGACUAAAAGAAAAUAGGACUAUUCCCCUUAAGGGCAGCCUUUGUUUUGGCAUAUUCAACAAAACAUCUUUUGAUCUCUCUUGCAUUAUGUUAUAUAAUCAAUCUUCUGGUUGGUUAAGGGAGGCCACAUGGGGAAUUGGUGAGGAGGAUAUUGUGGCUAACGCCACAGUUCUCUAUGGUGGUGGCCUUACAUUGCGUUAAUGGUAGCUGCACUGAUCUUACGCCCAUGGCGAUGCUACUUGGAGGAAAGGGCGAAAAGGGACGGUUGUCAUUUUCCUGGAUGGGGAACAUCAAACCUGCUGCCUCUGUCUGGACAGCUACUCAUAUAAAAUAUCGCAGUAGUUACCCGCAUGCCUCGCUUUAUCCCGAUCCCUGUUGAUGCCCCGGGGACCAUAACCUUAUUUAGAGGAAAAAGAGAUUUUGGUACUUCUGCAAUUAUUGCUGGCAUUAUUGCUAUGACAGCAGUCGCUGCCUCGGUUACUGCCUCGGCAUUGGCCUUGUCAAAUUCAGUACAGACAACCCAAACUAUCAAUGAUUUAUCGGCCACCGUCUCUGUGGCUCGGGACAGACAGGCCUCGGCCAAUACUCAGAUAUAGGGAGGCCUUAUGCUUGUCAACCAACGUAUAGAUCUGGUCCGAGAGCAAUUAGACAUUCUAUGGCAACUGGCCCAGCUUGGCUGUGAGCAAAAACUCCCAGGCCUUUGUGUCACCUCCAUAUAAUAUGACAAAUUUACCCGAGCUGCUAAUCUGUCUAAGAGUCUUUCACAGCAUCUGUUACAGAAUUGGACCUCGGAGUUUGAACAGACACUUUGGGAGCUGAGAGCGACCAUCAUUCAAGUAAAUUCUACCCGACUGGACCUGUCUUUGACGGAGGGAUUGUCGUCCUGGAUCACCUCAGCAGUCUCUUAUUUCAAGGAAUGGGUGGGAGUGGGACUUUUUGGAGUGAUCCUCUGCUGUGGAUUAGUGUUACUCCUCUGGUUGUUUUGCAAAUUGAGAUCUCAAAAAAGAAAGGACAAAGUAGUGAUCACCCAGGCGCUUGUAGCCCUUGAACAAGGAGUGUCGGCCGAUAUCUGGUUGACCAUGCUCAAGCAACAGGUCGCCGGCUGGACAGCUCUUGCACUCCUAGAACCUCGGUUCAUUGCACAGGAUUAGAGUGUCCAGCUUGAGCAGCCCAUGAGGGGUGACGAGCUUAGCAUCGCACAGGGAAGUUCUACCAAAUACGCUCCCUGGAAGGCAUGUCAUAUUACAUGAGGGUUUCUGCCCCAGUUUUCCCUCCCUCGAAAAAUGGCAGUGCGACGGGUUGGGAGUGCCCUGGGUCCCAACAACAGCCUAAGGGUAUCUCUCUUGUACAGGUUCGCCAACUUUGUACGAGGAUAUGACCUCUGUCUUCGCCCUCCUAUAUCUGGGUGUCCUGUUUGCUUAAAAAAACAGAAAAGGGGGAGAUGUGAGGAGCUGUCCGAGGAGCUGUCCUCACAUAUGUGAGGAGCUGUCCUCACAUACUCCAUUACAAGAUGGCACUGGCAUCCGGCAGAACGCACCUAGUAAAAAGGGCAAUACGCAGGCGCCUGGUAACUUCCCUACUCAAAGGGACACGUACGUUUUGGUACAUCAUCUGGCAUAAUUGGCAGCGACCAGUCAGAGAGUGACACGUCCUAGGCGAGGAUAGUUUCCUAUAUAAGGGACGGUUAUUCCUCACUCGGCGUCUCUGCAUUGUAAGCUUAUGCUCUCCCUCUCAAGACGCAUUAAAGCUUUUCUGCAGUAGGA